AUGGGCGAGAAACCACCCGUCCAAGCGGACACCAACGAGGACGCGGUAGCGUACCUAGCCACAGCGCAUGAGUCGGAAGUUUCCGUCGAUCUGAAGGCGUUGAGACGAAAGAUCGAUUGCCGAUUACUGCCGUUUAUGUUCUGCUGCUAUGUUCUGCAGUUCCUCGAUAAGGUCAUGUUGAAUUACGCAGCAGUGAUGGGCAUAAAAACCCACCUCAACUUACGAGGCAACGAAUUCUCCAACACAGCAUCCUGGUUCUUCAUUGCCUACCUGAUCGCGGAAGUUCCAAACGUCUACCUGCUCCAAAAAAUACCCGCCGCAAAAUGGCUCGGCAUCAACGUCUUCCUGUGGGGCGUCGCAGCCGCCGCCUCAGCGGGGGCUAGGGACUACCCAACGCUACUGGUGUCGCGCAUCUUCCUAGGCAUAUUCGAAGCAACCGUCGGGCCCAGCCUGAUGCUGAUAUCAAGCCAAUAUUAUACCAGGAGUGAACAAGCACCCCGCUUCACGUUCUGGUACAUGGGGCUCGGCGUCGCGCAGAUCCUGGGCGGGAUCAUUUCGUUCGGAUUCCAGCACGUCACCGGCGCGAGUAUGGAGGGCUGGCGGAUAAUGUUUCUUGUCCUGGGACUGAUCACGGCCGUCGUUGGGGCGUUAACAUUCAUUUUCAUCCCCGAUACACCGAUAAAGGCAUCAUGGCUCUCGUCGGCUGAGAAGGUCGCACUGCUACACCACGUCAGCGAGAACCAGACCGGCAUCUGGAGUUCAGCUGUCAAUCUGUCCCAGAUAGCUGAAGCACUCCUCGACCCGCAGUUGUGGCUGCUGACACUCACGACAAUCCUAAUCUCCGUUUCCUCGGGUGUGGUAACAACCUACUCCUCCACUCUCAUCGCAGGCUUCGGCUUCAGCGGCCCCAUCUCUGCCCUCCUAAACACACCCUCCGGCCUAGUGAGCAUCUUCUUCACAUUGCUCGUCGGCAUCGGUAUCCGCAAAACCUCCAAUAGAUGGGCCUGGAACAUCCUCUGCACGAUACCAGGUAUAAUUGGCGGCGGACUAAUGUCCUUCCUUCCGAAAUCCAACACGGCGGGCGUGUUGAUCGGAGUGUACCUCGUCAACGCGAUCGUCGCGACACUGCCGAUAUUGUACCAGUGGACAAUGGCCAACUGCGCGGGACACACGAAGAGGGCGUUUGCGAGUGCGCUUGUGGCCGGGUCGUUCUCUGUUGGCAAUAUUAUUGGGCCGCAGACGUUUCAGGAGAGGGAUGCGCCGGAGUAUCGGCCUGCGAAGAUUGCGGUGUUGGCGACGCAGGCUGCUGCCGCGGUACUUUCAGUUGUUUUGUUUGGGUAUUAUGUGCUUGUUAAUCGCAGGCGCCAGGGGAAGGGAGAGGUUGUUGUUGAGGAGGUUAAAUGGGCGGGUUUGACGGAUAGGGAGAAUUUGGCUUUUAGGUAUGCUUAUUAG